UUCCUAGGCCUUCUACGCCUGGCCACACUGCACUCACGUUCUCCACUUGCUGCGUUUUCCAGGAGCCGCCCGUAGAAAAUUGGCCAAUUUCACCAGGAUGAGCGAGGAAUUCAAGCUGCCCAAGCGCUCCCGCAAGCGCACCCGUGAUGUGAAGCGCAAGGCGCGUCCGGAAUUGGACGGGGAGAACGCGUGGGUGGCAAUGCGGUACUGCGAAAACUUCGAGCCAUUUUGGGACUUCACGGACAACUUGGAAAGGAUCGAGGACUCGGAGGUGCCGGAGGCGGAGUUUAUCGAACGCUUCGAGCGGCCCUACAAGCCUGUGGUGAUCCGCGGCUGCACCGACGGCUGGCUGGCCCUAGAAAAGUGGACACUAGCUCGGCUGGCCAAGAAGUAUCGGAACCAGAAGUUCAAGUGCGGCGAGGACAACGAGGGUUACAGCGUGAAGAUGAAGAUGAAGUACUACGUGGAAUACAUGCAGGGUACGCGCGACGACAGCCCGCUAUACAUCUUCGACAGCAGCUUCGGCGAACACCACCGGCGGAGGAAGCUCCUCGAUGACUAUGUGGUGCCCAAGUACUUCCGCGACGACCUCUUCCAGUUCUGCGGCGAGAAUCGCCGUCCGCCGUACCGCUGGUUUGUCAUGGGACCAGCUCGAUCCGGCACCGGCAUCCACAUCGAUCCGCUGGGCACCAGUGCCUGGAACACUCUCAUCCGCGGUCACAAGCGCUGGUGCCUGUUUCCCACGCAAACGCCCAAGGAACUGCUAAAGGUUACAAGUGCCAUGGGCGGCAAGCAGCGUGACGAGGCCAUCACCUGGUUUAGCACAAUAUAUCCUCGCACCCAGCUGCCUAACUGGCCAGAGCAGUAUCGACCCAUUGAGGUGCUUCAAGGAGAGGGCGAGACGGUGUUCGUGCCCGGCGGUUGGUGGCACGUGGUUCUCAAUCUGGACGACACCAUAGCCAUCACCCAGAACUUCAGCUCGCAGACGAACUUCCCCUGCGUCUGGCACAAGACUGUUCGCGGGCGGCCCAAGUUGUCGCGCAAGUGGCUGCGCGUGCUGAGAGAACAGCGACCGGAGUUGGCACAGAUCGCCGAUAGUAUUAACCUGAACGAGAGCACCGGCUUCGCCUCGGACAGCUCCAGCAACUCAAGCUCCUCCUCCUCGAGCAGUUCCUCGUCCUCGUCGGAGGAAAGCGAAGACGGCGGCGAUUCCAACACGGACAGCGGCCAGGAAAGUCUCACUGCCAAGAAGAAAAAGAAAAGACGCAUGGCGGGAGGUGGAUCUGGGUCCGGUUCCAUGGGCGGAUCCUCGCGCUCCUGAUGCAGGGAGCGGGCCAAGCGCAAAGGCUUGCUCAUGCGCCUCUUUCAACGCCAGCUGAUGCUGCUCCGACGGCUACCCCGCUGCCGCCGCAGUUAGCAUGGAGAUUAUCAUUCAUCAUACGUAGCCAGGUCGUUCCAGAGUUUUGUAAUAUUUUUCUACUUAGACAAGCAUGUUUGCAGCUCUUUGAUUCCGUGCUCGCCCUCAUCGCAAGCCUGCUCCCUGAUUUCAAUAGAUGCUCCAACAUGACUCAUUAGCGUAAACCUUAAUUGCAAAAAUAAAUAAAUCCAAUAUAUUUGUAAAA